AUGGAAGAUGAAGUCGAUGCUGUCGGUGUUUCCCUUCGCCUUCGCCUUCGUCUUCGUCUUUGCGCCUUUCUUUUGGUUGUUUUGGUGGAAAAGAAAGUCGAAGGCUGGGGCAACCGUCACGUGACGUGCAUUUUUGGCUGCUGGAUGGGCGAAAGUGAGGGCGAAGAGGAAGACGGCGAGGUAGAGGCAGAUGACAUGCAUAAAGUAGGAGAUCAAGUAGAUGCAGAGGAAGAAGACUACGGGGCAAGGCAGAUGGAAAAGUGGUGUUCACGUCGCGCAGUCGAGGCCCCGUCAGGGGGGGAGCCGCUGUCUAUGAGCUCCCUUCGACCGCCGUUGAGGAUUAAUACAAGAGAUAUAUGCAUUAGACGACUAGACAAAUACCGGCAAUCACCUGUCCAUUACAUUUCACUGCUUUUUUCCUCCGUUUCUGCCGUUGUCUGCUGUGGUAUCAAUUUCUACUACCUCGACCUCGCACAGAAGUCAAAAGUGCGUCUCAUCUUCAGCCAACGAAGGGAUCAGAUAUCAAAACAGAUAUAUGAUAGAGGUAACUAA